AUGACGGUUCGAACAGCAAUCCAGGCCGACCUUCCGGCAAUUCAAGUCAUCAUAACAAAGGCCUUGCCGGCAGAUUACCAAUGGAAAUACUGCUUCCCUGCCCGCUCCUCUGUCAAGCACGAUUCUGGCAUGUACGUCCAGCGCGCCCUGGAGCAGACUCUGGCGCCUGGUAACACCGACUGGCUCGUCUGCGUGACGGAAGACCCUGGCAGUCGCAAGCCCGUGGGCGUUGCCGUCUGGAGCUGGACCGAUGCCAGAAUACAAGAGCACGUUGACGAUAACGCCGCCUCCCAAGGAUUGACAGUGGCGGGGGAGGCCCUCGGGGGAGCUGGAGGUAUUGUUGUAGACGGAGGGCCGACUGGGACCAACACCAGCAACGUGGAAAAUCCUCGUAUCAUUGCGCUCAGCAACGCUGUUGCCGCCUGCCGAGAGCGUCAGCUCACCCGCUUCGGCCAGCAGCUGCACCUCCAUGUCGUUGCUAUUCACCCGGAGUACCAGCGCCUGGGCUAUGCGAAGCUUCUCUGCCAGCAUGGAAUGCACUUGGCCGGGGAAAAGGGAUUAGCUGUAUCGGCGGUGACGAGUUCGUCGGGCUACAUUUUCUUCUCUGGCCUGGGCUUCGCCGACUGUGGUCACGUCGUUGUGCAAGUUCCCGGCGAGAAGGAGGAGAUUGGUCUCAAGGCUAUGGUUCUUCCUGCGCCGCAGCAGGAGAAAAGAAGAGGAUCUUUUCUUGAUAUGAUAGGAUUCGGUGAACGGAGGCGUCCUAGUGACGUUAAGACUUCAAAGUCCUAA